AUGGGUUUGAAUUCAAGAAGACGUUUAUAUUCAACGACGUUCGUUGUUAUUACGGCAACUGUGUAUAUCACUGCAUUUGUGUUAUUGUUUUCGCUGUCCGCUCCUGAGAACGAAAUCGCCGUGGACGACUUGGAACGGUUCGAGCGCACUAUUCAGACACGUGCCCAAGACAAGAAGCACGCUGGAAUAGUUCGUCAAAAUAUACGAGCUUUUGAAAGCAGCUACUUGGCUGUAAAACCACGAGAAAGUAAAGAAAUAUACAAAGAGCAAAACGAGACAGCAUUAAAAAAGGAACUAUUUAAGAAAUACAGUUUUAAUGCCUUGGAAAGUUCUAAAAUUGGACUUGAAAGGAAGAUUCCUGACAAUAGGCGUAAAAAGUAAGUGAUGCGUAUAGUUUAUCCAGUUGUACAUCGACAGUUAUAUGUCAGAAAGUACUAUCACUUAUUUCCAUCUGCCGCUUACUUAUAAGCUUCUAACUAAAGUUCACCUUAAUUGUUUACAUUACCUGUUGAUUGUUUAUAAUUGUAUAACAUUGUUUUGCAAUUCGUUUUUUUCACUUUUGAUUUGUUUUGAUUUAUUACGCUUGUUUUAUCGUAGGUUUCCAAAGAGGUCUUUUGUUUUUUAACAAAAUCCGUAUAAUUGCUUCAAAAUGCAAUGCUUAUAUAUUCUCGCUUGAUUAAUCUAGACACUAUAUAAAACCUCCAUAAUUCGUAUUGCAUGAAGUACUAUCUUACACAAUGCAUGUGUGUAGCGUUGUCUCGUAUAUUAUUUCCCAAGGUGCAUGUAUGGCUAUCGGUUUUUAACCAAUCACAAUCGAGUAAGUUGAUUAAAAUGAUAUUAAAAAGAACAAUAACCCUACGGUUUUAUGAAGUAUACUGUAUAUACAUGCAACUAUUUCCCCGGUCCCGAGCAAAGCAGAAAAGUCGAAUACGCGAGUGCGAUCAAUCAAUGAAUGAAAAUCAAUGAAUUUUUUAGCGAUUCCCAGCAAGCCUUUCGCACUCGUAUUCAAUUUUACCGCUUUGCUCGGGGACAACCUUAAUUGAAAUAGCUGUUAUAUCAACCUCGUUCCCAUGCAGGGCCUUUGUGUGAGGACGAUCUUCUCUAAUUUUCGACAUGUCCAGAAACGUUAGCUCAAAUUUAAAUAUAUAUAAUAUAUAUAUAAAUAAUAUAUAUAUAUAUAUAUAUAUAUAUAUAUAUAUAUAUAUAUAUAUAUAUAUAUAUAUAUAUAUAUAUAUAUAUAUAUAUUAAGAUGAAAAUGUUGUGGAGUGUGUAUUAUAUAAUUUCCAUACCCAGCGCAAGCAGAAAGAUAUUGUCUGCCGCGGCUGGGUCUUCAACCCGCGACCUUCGAAUUACUAGAUCGACGCUCUACCAAUUGAGCUACAAGGUCAGACCGAUUUAAGACUGGAAAUUAUGAAAUAUAUACUGAAUGUCAUAAACAUACUCGUUUAUAUUAAUUCAGCAUCGAACAAUACUAGUUCUGCAAGUGGUAUAUUACAUCGGAGAAGGGGUUGCUACGAGAUAGGGCUGUAGCCCUGCCCCCACCCACCCAAUCAUUUUUAUGUCGGGCGGAUUCAUUCUUUCAAUCGGAUAGAUUCUACUUAAUCAUCGGACAAAUGAUAAAAGUUUCGAAAGCAUUACGCGCGUGUUAAAAUUGUCGAAAAAGCAAGAAAUGUACAUGUGUAAUGUUGGGAAAAUUUCUCAUCUACAUGCAUCACACACACCCGUACGCCUAUGGUGUAUUACAUUUCUUCUUAGAAUCACCCAUAUAUUACUCAUACAAGAAUUAUAUUUAGCGUUAGUGGCACUUUAAGACCAAUUGAAAUUCUGCUUAUUUUAAAGGUGUUUCACUCUUCAAUACCCAGUAAUCUUACCAACAGCAAGUGUGAUAAUUAUCUUUCACAACGAGGCAUGGUCAACAUUACUUCGUACUAUCCACAGCGUUUUGUCGAGAUCACCUUCCGCAUUCCUGAAACAAAUAAUUUUGGUGGAUGAUUGCAGUGAUACUGAACAUACCUUUGGUAAGUUACCAUGGACGCCAUAAUUGGAGGUGCUAGGGCUGAAAUUUUUAAAUUUUUAAAGUUUAAAAACUUUGCAAUCUGGUCGUUGCUAUACGAAUCGGAAGAGAGGCGGGGAGUGGGUGGUGGGAAUAAUUCACAAAUGGACAUUUCCUAAAAUAUAGUGAAGGAACUAAUUUGUCUAUAGUGUGCUCAUUAUACUCAGGGGCGCCGGUGCCAUGCACGGGGGCUGCGGGGGCAACUGCCUCCAUUGCCCAGAGGCAGCACGGGGGCAACAGGUUGCCCUUUUUAACGGAACUGCACUUGGAAAUUCGUGCUUUAUUCACAGGAAUUGGAAUUUGUAACUAUUUUUAAGCAAUGUUUAAGCAAUUAUUGCUUAAUUUUUAACCGGUUGUAGUAAAAUUAAUGCUAAAUCAUGCAAUGUACGUCCGUUUACUGAUUUUAUUUUGCACCAUUAGCACGGUGCAACGAAUAAAAUUGUUCAAAAUUGGUGUUAAAGUUUGCCGGCCCAUAAUAGUCACAAGUAAUCGAGUAUCCAUGCAGUAAAGUUUUAAAAAAUAUUGCCGCUCAGAGAAUGAUGGCUGAGAAGCAAGUGCCCUUUUGAAGUGGCUGCCCCCGCCGCUUCACAUUGCUUCCGGCGCCCCUGAUUACACUGUACUGUUGAAGUUCUAGUUGGCACGUUGUUUAGAAAAGUAAAGCGAGAAUAUAUGGCGAUUUUGUGCGUGUUUUGUAAACUAUUAAUAGUAAUAAUAGUAUCAAGAAGUGGGAUUUGAAUUUCCCGUGCCACUAUUGUAUUUACAUAAGAAUGAUUAGCUAAGAGAUGGAUAUAAUCUUGAACUGUCUGUGCCAGUGUAGCUGUAGGCACUAGGUAUAGUGACAAUAAUGUGAACAAGCUUUCGCUGGUAAUUAAUUAAGAUGCAACUACCUGAAAAAAAUGUAAGAAGAAUUUCGAUUUUGAGCGAAGCUCCUUCGUCUGGAGUUACUCAAUAAGUCUAGACGAAGGGCCUUAAUUCGCCCGAAACGUCGACAUUCUCCUUAUAUUUUCGGCCAGGUAGUUGCAUCCCUACCAACCAAAGCUUGUUCAUAAGAGAUGGAUAUACUCUGGAAACAAAUAUGAGACCAUUGGUGUGAAAAAUAAGCAGGGUUCCAAGAGGGGGGGAGGCCAGGGGGGGAGAUUGUCCCGGGCGUCCACCUUAAUAGGACCCCAACUUGAGAGCUAGAGCCUAAAAUAGAGUAGGUCCUUUAGAUUGGUCAGAGCAUUUUUGAAAUUGAGGACCCUUUAUAGUAGCUCCACAUGGAAUUUACCUAAGGUCUAUUUGGGUGACUGAGUUGGGUCUAGCUAGCUAAAAAAUAAUGAUGUCAUAGGCCCUGAAAAUAAGUCACAAACAAACAUGUUUCCAGGAAUCAUACGGCUUUCAGGUGCUUGGUGAAGAGAAUGGGCGAGAAGGAUGUUUUAAACGUGGCGGUUAAAACGCGAAAGAAUCAACAACAGCAUGAUCUAUGUCCAAUCAUAAUUAAUUCUAAUGUUAACGCUAAGCUAAAGCAAAAUUUGAGUUUAAAUUUUGAAUUACUUUGAACACCAUUUUUAAUUUUAUAUUUACCAGAGCACUUGGGAUCGAGAUUAGACGAAUAUCUACAAUUCUUACCCAAGGUUCAGCUGUUGAGAUCUCCCCGACGCGAAGGAAUCGUAGCAGCUAGAAUGCGUGGAGCCAAUUUAGCCAGAGGGGAUGUCCUAGUAUUCCUUGAUUCACAUUGCGAGGCUAACAAGGGAUGGCUAGAGCCUCUACUAGCCAGGAUAGCUGAAGAUAAGAGACAUAUAGUUACACCUGACAUUGAGGUGAUUGAUUUUGAGACAUUUAAAUACGCCGAACGACAUGACCCUAGUAUUGGAGUAUUUAACUGGGAGAUGCUGUUUAAAUGGCGAAAAAUGAAUGCAUAUGAGAAAAUGAAGGAAGUCCAGGGAUUACCUUUAAGGUUUGUAAAUAAAGAGAAUUAUAAUAAUAUCAGUAUUCAGUAGGAUAUAACAGGUAAUUUUAAGGCGGACGCACGUGCAUUAUAGCGCAAUAAUGCACUGUGGCCCGUGACCCUGUCUUGAGUUUUGUUCCAUUAUGUGAAAAGUGUCACUCAAUCCUCUAUCGACAGUUAUGGAUUUUCUCCGAGUUCUCCGGCUUCCUCUCACAAGGAAUUUGGUUGAAUUUGCACCAACCGUAAGUUGGGAUUAGCCCCUAACUCACCUACCACCGAAGCUGUGCUUCGUAAUCAGAAUGAAUCGUGGUGUUGAUCGCCUUUGAAAAAAUCACAUGUGCAUCUUUUUUUCCAAAUUGCAUGCACUCGAGACCAUACUAUUACCGAUACAAAUUACUACCCAUGUGACUUUAAAACGGUCGCAAUCUAUUACUACCAUUGUAAGGAAUGUCUGUUGAAUAUCAUGGCGACUAGACUUUACUGUUUAGUGCACUUUUUCCACCAAAGGCCUUGUUUACAUGUUUUCUGACAUGGGUUUUAGCAUGGCAUGCGCCAGAGUUGUAGACUCGAGUCGUGUGACUUGGAUUCGAGUCGCAAUUUUUGUGACUUGUGACUUGACUUGUUAAAGAGACUGAUGACUUGUGACUUGACUUGGACUUGGACAAAAUGACUUGUGACUUGACUUGAACUCAGACCAAAUGACUUGUGACUUGACUUGGACUUGCAGGAAAUGACUUGUGACUUGACUUGGACUUGCAACAUAGGACUCGUUAACAACUCUGGCAUGCGCACCUGAAUUAAGGUUAUAUCCCAAUGUUUCAUGCACGAACAUGCUUCACAUUUAGCUAGAGCUUAAAUUGAGCGCAAUCUUAAACCUAUACCUCUAACCGUAAACUGGGCAGGAAACAUGAGGAAUAACCACAUGAAAACGGGGUCAUUGAGACAUGAGUGAAAAAAUUGUACAGUCUAUUGCAAAAAAGCAAUCUGACAAUUUCCGUAUUUUUAAUACGCUGGUUCCAAGCAUCGCUGACAAAUACUGGCAUCGAAUAUCGCAUAUAAUUGAUGCGUACAGAAUCUGUUAUCACUUUAUGCUCUAACGUUCAUUAGAGAAUUUUCAAUAUCUUUAAUUAAUGCUUUAUGA